AUGUGGACCACUGAGCAAAGGAAUUGUGAACAAAGUUACAUGCAAACCGUGCAGAGAAACAUCGAGGGGAGAGUUGUUGUCAAGCUACCAUUUAAAGAGGCCCCUCAUUGUCUUGGGCAGUCGUACGCAACUGCACUUCGAAGAUUUAUUGCUCAGGAGCGGCGUAUAACGCGCUGUCCUGACCUUCACCAACGAUACAUCGCAUUUAUGGAAGAGUAUUCCCGCCUUGGGCAUAUGAGCAUCGUUAAAAAGGUGGAUUUCGAUAAUCCACAUUACUAUGUGCCUCAUCAUUAUGUCCUGAAGCCAACUAGCACAACAACUAAGCUCAGGGUAGUAUUCGAUGCCUCCUGCAAGAGUACAACCCAAAGAUCACUCAACGAUAUUCUUGCUGUGAUGCCUACUCUGCAGAACGAUCUAUACAUCUUGCCACUACGGCUUCGAUUAUAUCGUUUCACACUUACUGCUGAUAUCGUAAAGAGGUACAGACAAAUUUUGGUGGAUAAAAACGAUCGCAAAUUCCAAUACAUCUUAUGGAGAAGUACGCCCCACGAUGAAAUACGCACUUACCAGUUAAACACGCUAACAUAUGGUACGGCGUCCGCUCCUUAUCUCGCUGUACAGAGCCUCAACUACAUUGCUGAUGCAUACGAAUCGGAUUAUGCUCUUGGUGCCAGCACAAUUAAAACGUCAUUCUACGUUGAUGAUCUUUUAUGCGGUGCCGAUACCCUGGCAGAGCUAUCGCGAAUCAAAUACGAAGUCACGGAGAUACUAAGGCAUGGUUGUUUCCCCUUGGCGAAGUGGCAUUCAAACCACCAUAAAUUUCGAGAAUAUGACAUCGUGAAAGAUUUAAAUAUAGACGAAAAUUUUACAACGAGCACUUUAGGUAUAAAAUGGGACCAACUACUAGAUAUUUUCUUAUUUUCUUUUCAGUCGAAACAACCUGUGAAUGGACGUGGAACUAAGAGAUCAAUCUUAUCUAUUGUAUCAGCGCUUUUCGAUCCUUUGGGACUUCUCGCUCCCGUUAUUAUUACUGCAAAGAUCAUAUUACAAGAAAUAUGGCUUUUGAAGCUGGAUUGGGACGAGUCGGUGCCGCAGAACCUACAAACGGCUUGGGAACGAUUCCUCAAGGACAUAGCUCAUCUGAGUACGCCCUCAGUUCCAAGGUAUUCUGGAUCAACAAAUCACAAAUCUUUACUAAUUCAUGGGUUUUGUGCUUCGUCUAUUCGAGCCUAUGGCUGUGCUAUUUAUCUUCGCUCGAAAGCAACAGAAGGCAAACCUAGUGUCACUCUUUGGACUGCCAAGUCGCGUGCAGCUCCAAUUAAGGAGCAAUCGUUACCUUAA